AUGGCUGGUCGUAUCCUUGAUUUAUUCAAACCUUUUGAACCAUUCUUAAUUGAAGUUGUCGCACCACAGAGAAAAGUUCCUUAUAACCAAAAGAUCAUUUGGACUGCUGUUUGCUUACUGAUCUUUUUAAUAUUAGGUCAAAUCCCAUUGUAUGGUAUCGUCUCCUCCGAAUCAUCCGAUCCAUUAUAUUGGUUAAGAGCCAUGUUGGCCUCAAAUAGAGGUACUUUAAUGGAAUUAGGUGUCUCCCCAAUUAUUACAUCUUCAAUGAUUUUCCAAUUCUUACAAGGUACACAGUUAUUAACUAUUCAAAUGGAUAACAAGCAAGAUCGUGAAUUAUAUCAAAUCGCCCAAAAAGUUUGUGCUAUCAUUUUAACCUUUGGUCAAGCUUUGGUCGUCGUCUUAAGUGGUAACUAUGGGAAGCCAAGCGAUAUUGGUAUUGCUAUCUCCUUAUUGUUGAUUUUUCAAUUGAUGUUUGCCUCUUUUAUUGUCAUGUUAUUGGACGAAUUGUUAUCCAAGGGGUAUGGUUUAGGUUCAGGUAUUUCACUUUUUACUGCUACUAAUGUCGCUGAACAAAUUUUCUGGAAGGCUUUGGCUCCAACCACUAUCAACACCGGUCGUGGUAAAGAAUUCGAAGGUGCAAUUAUUGCAUUUUUCCAUUUGAUGUCAGUUAGAAAGGAUAAGAAGAGAGCAUUAGUUGAAGCCUUCUAUAGAGCCAAUUUACCAAACUUGUUCCAAGUAUUGGCUACCGUUUUUGUGUUUUUAUUUGUUUUAUACUUACAAGGUUUCAAUUAUCAAUUGCCAGUUAGAUCCACAAAAGUUAGGGGUCAAAUUGGCACUUAUCCUAUUAAGUUGUUCUACACCUCAAACACACCAAUUAUGUUACAAAGUGCUUUAACAUCAAACGUGUUUUUGAUUUCUCAAAUGUUGUAUCAUAAAUUCCCAAAUAACCCAAUCAUUGCAUUAUUAGGUGUCUGGGGUGUUAAACCAGGUACUCAAGGUCCACAAGUCGCAUUAUCUGGGUUAUCCUACUAUUUACAACCAAUUGAUUCCUUUAAAGAAAUGCUACUUGACCCAAUCAAGACAGUCAUCUAUAUCACAUUUGUUCUUGGUACAUGUGCACUUUUCUCAAAGACUUGGAUUGAAAUUUCCGGCACUUCACCACGUGAUGUUGCCAAACAAUUCAAAGAACAAGGCAUGGUGAUCAAUGGUAAGAGAGAAAUGAAUGUUUAUAAGGAACUAAAGAAAAUCAUCCCAGUGGCUGCUAUGUUUGGUGGUGCUACUAUCGGUGCAUUAUCAGUUGGCUCUGAUUUAUUAGGUACUUUAGGUUCUGGUGCCUCCAUCUUAAUGGCUUCAACCACUAUAUAUGGUUAUUAUGAAGUUGCUGCUAAAGAAGGUGGAUUUACUAAGAAUUUAGUGCCUGGUUUCUCUGAUUUAAUGUGA